AUGAUGCUAGCUACGCGCUUCCGGCAGGUGCUCUCGGGCAUCUGUUCGACCCGCAAGCAGCAGGACACGCUCCCCCAGGACCUCCGGCGCUACCGCAUCGACGUUCUCGGCAUCCAAGAAACACGCAUCUGCACCCUCGACAAGAAACGUAUCGGAGACUACACGCUACUCACACUACCAGCCGUACAGGAGCGCCACGGGAUCGGCUUUGCCAUCUCCCCCCGCGUCCGCCCCUACUUACACUGCUAUUGGGCACACUGCGAUCGAAUCGGCGUCGUUCAGCUCUUACUCCCCCACGCAGGCCCCGUGAACAUCGUCACGGCGUAUGCUCCCCACAGCGGUCGGCCUCUCGCCGAAGUAGAUCGAUUCUACGCUGAUCUCAGCGACACACUUGACCAACUACCAAGGCGCAACAUCGCGUUCGUGACCGGCGACUUCAACGCCAAGCUCGGACAACAGAUCAACGGAGAGGCAUUCAUGGGACCACAUGCACGAGGCAUACGCAACCGAAACGGCCACGCAUUAGCUGACUUCUGUUCUACUCACCUUCUCUUUGCCACUAACACAGGUUUUCAAAAGCGAGCCCGCCACAAAACAACAUGGAUUCAGCGCCAGACGAAUCACUGUAUUUACAACCAGAUCGACUAUAUCCUAUGCCCUCAGAACUGCCGACGGCUCUAUAUGGACGCACGAUCCUGGGGUGGAACGUUGACGGCGUCGGACCACAAGCUCGUCACCGCCGACUUCAUCCUGAACGCGGCCACUCACCGUCUCCGCUACAGCGCGGUCAAGCCAGAUCCAGCACUCAAGUUAGCACGAGAUCAUCUCAUCUACGACGACACAGCACGAGACGACUACACGAACGCGCUCCAGGCAGCGCUUUCACAGCCAACAGCACAAGGCAGCACCGUUCUCCAGCGCUGGACAGACACGCUCGAUCGAAUCCGAGAAGCAGCCGAGGGGACUAUAGGAUUCGCAGGUCCUAACCACCGCCACGUACGACAUCACGACGAUGAACUUCAGCUGCUCUCUGAGGCCCAGCGGGCGCUUCAGCUUCGAAUCUACAACGACUGCGCCGCUAACACGAUCGAGCUCCGAGCCGCCCGCAACAAGAUCCUCCAUCAAAUCCGAGCGCGAUGCCGAGCCAUCGCAUCUCGCAAACUGGACGAGCGGAUUACACGCAUCGAAAAUCUGAGCGACUCGGCACGAAUGUAUGCAGCAGUUCGAGACAUUAGCCCCCAUCGAACCCAACCGCUGUUAAACCACGACCAAGAAGGUAAGUAUAUCCUGCGGCAACAAACUACUAACAAGGUGAUCACAGAUCACUUCCGAACGCUGUUUUAUGACCCGGGGCGGCUACAUCCUGUUCCGGAUCGUGAACCGCGAUCUCUAACCCGUCCUGUUACAGCAACAGAAGUCGAAGCAGCCUUUCGGCGCCUCAAUAACGAACGCGCCGCUGGGCCAGCUGAGCUCCCAGCAGAACUUCUUAAGUACGGGGCUUCAGUCCUCGCGCCUCUCUUCGCAGAUCUCGUCAACUGCAGCUUCGAGCAAGGCACCCCCUCGCACUCGGUGAAGGAACACUCGUGUGCCUGCCCAAGCCCAACAAGCCCCGAGGUGUAUGUUCCAGUCUCCGCCCCAUCGUGCUGUUAA